UACAUUUAUUUGUUUCAUUGUACAUUCACAUUUGAUAUAAUUUUUUUUCUAUUUCGGCCCUCAACACCCUGACCCCUACUUUGGGAACUGCUGCCCUAAAUGACAACAAGAAGCAAAGCAAAGACUGGAGCCUUGGGUUAGCUUGUAGUUACCGUGUCCUGUGUGUAAAUUCCUCAUGGCUGCUCUGAGUAGAUCUGCUUGUCUCCUCUUCCACUUUUGGUGGUCAGUGACUGGGCAACAGUCAUUAAAAAAUAAAAAAGUAUGUUUUUCUUUAAAACCUCUCUAUAAUUAUAGAACACAGAUAUAGAAGUUGCCCAUCACAGAGCAUUCUUCCUUUUUCCCGCCUGGGACGGAUGUGCUUUUACAUAAAAGGCUUUACUUUCUUGACAGAAUCCAGAACUUCUGAACAUCAGCAUGUUUUUAUAUAAAAGCUGGAAUCAUGGGCAAACAGCUAGCAAAAUCCUACUCAUCCAUAACAAUUGGAUGUAGAAGAAUGAAAAAGGUUGACAAUUUUUUCCUCUGUGUUUAAGUAAAAACAACAGGGGGGGAAAGGCAAAAAACAUAGAGCCCUGCUUUCAGUCUUUUAACCUCUUGUUUUAUAUGUGUUGGUCUGACAGAGAGUGCAAACAAGAGAUGACUGUCUACUACAGGUUAAAUUUUUACCAGGAAUAUGCAAAUAUUGCUAUUCCUACUAACUUUCAAGCUGUCUUUCAUUAUCCUGAAGCAGUUCCCUACUGCAGCAUCCUUUGGCUAUACUGUAAAUUGUCUUAUAGUUUCUGUUGUAGGAGUGAUAGAAAGGUCUAGUGAUCAGCUCUACUGCAUUUUUUGAAGCAAAAGAUUUUCUUUGUAUUGAAAUAAAAUAGGUUUUAGCCAUAUUGUCAUCAUUUCUGUAUCAGUAUUACCUAGUGUUCAUAACCUCUGCUGUUUAGAAUCAUUUGUGUGAAAACAUAUUUGGCAUAAAGUGCUUCUGAAUAUCCAGGUUUUUAUGAGCAAAUGUUAGUUUUGUCAUGACACAUGCUAUGCUAUCCAUCUAAGACGCCUCUGGCCAUUCUUUUUCUCACUUUUAGAUUGUGUUUUAAUAUCCACACUAUUAGUUUAUGUUUUCCGUCAGUGCAGCCCUACAGCAACAGAUUGUCCAAAUGCAGAGCCUUUCAGAAGGCAUCAUCACCUGGGUCAGUUCAGUGCUUGGUGAUAUUCAUUGCAGCCACCACCUGAGAGCUUCUCCUGUCCCCUCAGGACAGGUUUGACUACUGCAGGUUCAUAGAGCUAGAUUAUGUCCCCAUGGAGUCGGGCUACAUGGUCUCAAUGCGUCCCACUAAAGGCUAUACAUCGACCAAGUCGCCCACUAAAGGAUACACCUCCACAAAGUCUCCGGAUCGCCGCUCGACAAACUCUCCAUCCACGCCACGUUCCCGGCGGCCUCCAGCUGCACCCAGUAAUAGAGAUCAUGGCAAUGCCUCCGUCAGCAGUGGCAGCAACUCAGGCUCGUGUAAAGGCAGUGACUGCAGCCCCACCAAAGGACGUCAGAAGUACACCUCAUGUACGGACAACCAUGGUAUUCGCCCUCCUCCCCCAGAGCAGUACCUCACGCCUCUCCAGCAGAAGGAAGUGUGUAUCCGACACCUGCGAGCCAAGCUCAAAGAGACCAUUAACACCCUGCAAGACAGGGACACAGAGAUCGAUACACUGCGAAGUAAGCUUUACCGAAUGCAGGAAGACUGGGUUGAGGAGGAGUGUCACCGCGUGGAGGCUCAGUUAGCCCUGAAGGAGGCCCGUCAGGAAAUUCAGCAGCUCAAACAUGCAGUGGACACAGUUCGUACCCGACUUAGUGAUGCCGGUGGGCUCAGUGGAGACGUAGGGGUUCAAAAGUACUUCCAGGACAUCAAUACUCAGAAUCACAAAUUGGAGAACCUUUUGCUUAACAUGGAGAUAGCACAAGCCGGACUAGCCAAGGAAGGAGAAGCCAUACCAGGCUGCAGGACCCGUGCUGGGGGCUCAGCCCCAGCAUCUGUUUCUGGAGAAAGCCCUGGAGUUGUACCUAAGUUGCCAGUGGGAGGGAGGGGGUCUUGUUCUUGCGAUGGCUCUCCAGCCCGUUCUCUGACUCGGAGCUCCACCUACACCAAGCUGAGCGACCAGGCACUGGGAGACCGCAAUUGCAAUGAUGCAGACUUUCCUUGCCUCUCAGCUGACGGCACACAGGACAGCGGGUUUGUGUGCUGUGGAGAGAACAGCGUCCCCAGCCGGGCAGACCUCCUCCUGGAAGCCGCCUACCUCUCAGAGGAAACGGCAUCUUUGCUGAACUCUUACACGCAGACCUUCUCCCACACUUUGCCUCAUUCUGCCUCCCUCUCUCUGCCUCACACCUACUCCCAUACCUUACCUCAUUCUUUCCCUCACAACAUGUCCCACUCCAUGCCACACACGGUGCCUCACUCCUCCACCUAUGAGAAACUCUGCACAGGCGAGCGGCUGGCUCCAUUUCGUUGUAGUUUGGGUGGAGUGAGUUGCAUGAGCCACCCCUGCCUGUCCCACCACCACCUGUACCUGCACCCCCUGAGGGAGGCAGGCAUUCAGACUGAGAGCUGCCCCAUCCCUGCAACAGCGGGAUAUCCCUCUGAUCUGGAUACUAUUGCAGAGCAACGUACAUUUCGCUCUCAGGCCUGCAGCCCCACCUCCACCUGGAUGUCUGAUGAGGGGGAAGAGGAUCUGGACUCCAUCACCACCACCACUUCAGUGACAACAGCGACCGUGAUGAGCACAGCCACUGAGCCAAUUCCAGUUUCCAAAACACCACUGGCUCCACCUCUUCCGCGAUCCGCUACUGUGGCAUUUUCCAUGGAGAGUCCUUCGUAUCAGGCAAAUGAGGAAGAGGAAAAGCAAGAAAGAGAAAAAAGAGAGAAGGCAGGAGAAAAGUUGGAAAACACUAAAGUCAGACAAUCAGAAGAGGAGCAGCAGACAGUUCAAAGCUCAGUGGAAGGGACUGAGGUACUGCAUGAAGAGGUAGAACAAAGAAAAGUCUGUGAUUUAGCAGGAAGAAUGCAGGGUGAACUUAAUUUUGCAGGCUGCUGUGGAGAAGACAAGCAAGAUGACCAGAGAGUGGAGGACAAGCAGCAAGAGGCCGGGAUUGGAGAAAGAUCCACAGAGGAAACGAGCCCUGUGAUUACUCCAGAGUACACUAGACUGUCUCCUGGUGCACAAGAGCCUCAAACAUCCCAGCCUCCGAGGAGAUCUAUCUCCCGUGAAGAGAUAGCUGGUGUCACAGUGGUGGAAGUUCAUGACGAGGAUGAUGACGAAGAUAAGACUAAUGAACAAGAGGCCACAGGGGUUGAUGUAGCAGAAGACGAGGACUCUGGGAAAAUCCAAAAAAGCUACUGGAGUCGUCACUUCCUGAUUGAUCUGCUAGCGGUGGCCAUCCCUGUGGUGCCGACGGUGGCGUGGCUGUGCCGUGGCCCGGUCCGUGGCGGCCAGCCUAUGUAUCACUUCGGUUCACUGCUGAGAGGCUGCUGCACUGUUGCACUGCACUCGCUGCGCAGGGGCGGUGGCCUGAGACAUUACCCCGCAGGCGGGGGGGAUCUUGGGGGCACACAAAUAUAACAGAAUGACAUCUUUCUGGUUCUUUACUGUGGUGUCACUUCUCCUGUGUGGUCUGUAGUGUGAGACCAUUGCUUAAAGUGCAAGGACAGGAAGAGCAAGAACUUCUUGUUCCUCUGCUUUGGAUGGUAAUAAAGAAUGGGAAUGUUAGGAACAAGAGUUGGGCAUCAAAGAGGAAGACCUUUGACCAAUCAACUCUACUCUGUUUGACCCUGCAACAUAUUGUAAAAGCAAGAAAGACAAUUACUUUUUCUUGCUUGGUCCUUGCUGUCGUUACCAAAAUAUCCAUGUACUGGCUUGUGCUAGCUGAAUGAGCUGCUUGAAAUGAAUGAUCACUGCUUUGGAGUUGAUUGUUUAAUUUAUUUUUGAAUGUAGAGAAAAUGUUCCUUGCCAUGUCAGCUGUCAGUUAUGACGUAAUACGAUGAUCACAUGUUGGUGAAUGUGUACAUAAAUACUUUAUAUGUAUGUGUAGGCGUGUAUAUGUAAAAUUAAAUUAGAACAAACUAAGGUAACGGUUGUUGACCAGUGGUAGUGGAAAAAAAAUCCACUUUUAUCCAAAGCUGCAGACACUUUUCACCGAUAACUUCAAGAGGUAAUAGAUUGAAUUUGUCUGCUGUGGAGAAAAAACAUGGUAGACACAGAACUCAGGUAUCUGCUCAGGGUAGAAACACAACCGAUCCUGACAGGCGGCUUUGCACCGUGGUAUGUUAAAUGAACUUCAGUCAAAAGCAGUUUAUUCUUACUGGCUCCCUCUCUUUAAACUGGCAGUGAAGAUAUGUAUGAUGAAAAUGUAGUCUUUGAUAUCCAAGCUGUCUGUAACCUCCGUAUGGCUUGUUGACUGCAGCAUAAGAAAUUUGCAGAGCGCAGACUUCAUGGAAAGGCCUGGCUAUUACAGUUCAGAUGUUUAUAAACAGCCUCUUUAGUGUCCACUGAAAACACAAAAGGUUUAGAUCGGCUAGAACAGGAAGAAAACGCUUCACUUUUCUUUCACUUCCUGACACAAGUCGUUCUGAAUUAAAUGACUGCUUUAGAAGUUAAUGGUUCCCUCUACUGGCCAGAAGUAGAAGUGAAUAAAUUCAAAGAUAUGACAUUUAUUCUUUAGAUGAACUUUAUUCCUUUUCUAAAGGUUUUCUUAAUGACAACUUUAGUAAUGGUAAAUUAUAAUAUUAUUCAGUGGAAAGGAACUUGGAUUAUGUUGUUCUUUUACCUUUAUCCAAUGUGGUGCUCAGCUGAAAUGUUUCCAUUUUCAGGGGAGUAAAAUAUUCUAGAUGAAAGGAGACGCGACUACCUUUAGCUCCAGCAAUGGACAAGACAUAACGGUGAAUGGAGGUAAACGCAUUUAGAGUAGAAUUGGUCAGGCAUUUUUUAAAAUAGAAAUUUAAAUCAUUAAGAGCACAUGACAGUGAGGUCAUGCGCUAAUUAAUGAUUGCAGAGUUAUAAAGAAUAAAGAUUAUUUGUGAUUUUAUUAACCUAAAAUCUUACAUGAUCCUCUCUGAGCAUUUAUUUCUUAUAACUAAAUGUAUUUUCUGUGACGGUCAGUCGUUUGUCUGGAUUUCCCAUCUGUUAACUGAUGGAAGAUCAUCCAGUGAAUUUAGCUGUAAUCCAGUUUCAUGUUAAACAUAUCUGUUGGAGUUAAUCUGGCUCUGAUUAGGUGCAGCAGUGCAACAAGUCAUCCAGAUGUGUCUUAGUUUCACAGGGACACGUACCUCGCUGUGUAAUUAUUUAAACAAACAUAAAAGAAGAAAGUUAGCCUAGCUUUAAACACUUCAAAAAUACGCCUCAGUACAUAAAAACAGACCACUUCACAGUAGCUUCCACCGUCAUGGUGGAAGUUCAGACAGAAGUAAUGAUAACCUAUGAACAAUGUUAGCCAUUACUUUGGCUAACAUUCAGUCUUUUUUUUUUUUUUACAGCAAACAACCUGUGCAGGUUUUCCUGUUAGUUUUCUCUACAUGUGGUAGACUGCAUCCUAUUCCCUUGUUUGCUCUGUAGUUUAUUUGUUGUGUUCUUUUCAGUCCAACCCUUCUUCUGCAAUCUGCUUCUGGAAUCGACACUGAUCUGCUUUCUCGCAGAUUGCUGAUUGUGUUUCUACCCUGAGAUUGUUUUCAUUAGACUCACCUGUUUAUUUUCACUGUAUCACUUGUGUGCUAAGUGUUCUUACAGCGAUUUAAUAAUGCCGUCCCCUCCCGCCCCUCCAGAUGUUUACCCUGUCCAUUAAUUUCUUGCCAUUAAAUAAUUAGUCCACAGACAACACAUUCAACGCUCAUGAUAUCCUUACACCUGCUCUGAAUCGUCCUUUAGCUAUUCUUACCCUUCUAACUAAGGGUUAGAAUAGCUAACUUAGCUAUCUUGAAUAUCUCUGAAAGAACACUAAAUAAAUCAAAGUUGGGUUUUUUUUGGUGAUAAUUCAUGAAAUGUUAUGGAAAAUUCAGUGUGUAAAUUUUGUACAUUGAGAAAUAUAUUGCUCUUAGACUAUUCCUCCCUAAUUUGUGCCUUUUCAUUUGCCAAAUUCACAACGGUGUCUGGGGAAUGAUGUGGGCCUGGAAUAUUUUCUAUACACAGUUACCUAUAUAGCUGUUUAGUGUACCGCUGGCAGAGUCAGAACUCUUUAGUCAUACAGUGAAGUCAUGAUCAAACGUCUGUAGAUACUCACUAUCUCAGUUUGACACCAUCGGUAGAUCUGAGUGAAGUGAGUUGUGCUCAGUCUGUGAUCUGUGCUGUAUAUUUCUGCUAACCCUGAUGCUCUUGUGCUGUAGCUAGUCUUUAACUGUCGAUAUGUAUUCUCAAGUCCAUCGUACAAAAAUUAGUCCAUCACAAAAACAAACUGUGUGUCUUAAAUUGUCUUGCAAAGACAUUCUAGAAAUCUGUUAGGGCAAACUCACUUACUUUUUCAAAAUGUGUUGUUUGGUUCCAGUUGCAUUCAGCUGAAUUUUAUUUUCUGUGUAUCUGUUAUCAGGCUGACGUUGGUGUUUGCUGAUGUCAAAACUCAAGAAGCAUAUAACAGAUUGAUGGUUAAGUACCACUAAGGUAAAGCAUUUUUCACUUAGCAUUCAAGAUACUGACAAAAUACAUUCUGCAAAUAUUUAAAAGAAAUAAUUACAUUUAAGACUAUAUUUUAUUACAUCCACAAAUUGCAAUGCCUUUUUUUUCUGUUUUUUUUUUUUUUUUUUUUUUUUUUUGACAAACCAACAUAAAAUGAAGCAUAAUUUUGAAAUGGGGGGAAAAGCAUAGCUUUCUAGUUUUUAAUUUCUUUUUAACAAUCUGUUUUGGUGAACCAAAACAAAUUAUUUUUUAGCUACUAUUUUUGCCCAUUCUUAAGAAAUAGCUCGUGUUCAAUAAUAAAGAGUAGAAAGUGUCCAGACUACAUGUACUUUCAAUCAUCAAAUUGAAAGUAUAUAUAAAACAUGUUAACUCACAGCACACUGUCAGUUACAAAAUAACCACAUAAAAAAACUAACAUGCAGGCCCAAGAUAAUUUUUUGGAGAUGAAAAGUUCCAACAAAAAUGCCAUAUAACUCUAAGGGCUAUAGAGGCUGCAAAGAGCAAAAUGACAGGAAAAGGAACAGUACAACAUCACACUGUGUAGUAAUAUUCAGAGAGACGGAACAUCCAUGAAUGACUUCAUAAAAUGAUAUAGGCAAAUACGUUUAUGAUAAAAACAUAAAAUGGAAAGUAAGAAAAUGUCAAACUUCUUAAAAGACAGAAAUCACAGAGUUUGCGUUUUAGGAUGACUGUGUCUGAAUUCAGUCUGUGCUGCUCGUCUUCCUCAGAUGAAGGUUCUGCUGGCCUUUUUACUUCUGUAUUCUGGUAUAAAUGUGUCUCCACUGAAAGUGAAUCUAAAUGUUUCUGUUAGAUGUCAGAGUCAAACACAGACGCAAGAAUCCUCUGGAACCACCAACACGUGAAUACGCAAUGUCCUUCUCUUUUUUAAGUUUUUACUGCCAUAUAUUGCACUAUUAUUCACUUUAUAUGUUUUAAGGACUUACUUGAAGUCGACUGUACAUGUAUCUGUACCAACUGUUGUUUCAUCACUGAUUAUUUUUGAUGCUCUGUUAGGUCCAUAAGGGUUGGUAGUGGUACACUUCUUAAUGGAAAAUGGAAAAUCAGAUAUUUAAUGUUGAUCAUUUUUGUAUGAUAAAAACUGUAAUUUGUCAUUCUUUAAUCCUUAAAAUGAGCUGCUCUUAACGAAAGUGAAACCUCCAAACCGAUGCUUAUUGCUAUAAUCUGACUGGUAAAGAAAUUACAACAAUCAUGAGUUUAUGUUUGGGGUAACCAUGGAAACUCUUGUCUAUUGUUGUUUCAUAGAAGGUUCUAGAGAAAGAACAUGUCCUCUGUUGUUUCUCUGUGUUGAACUGUAGAUUUGAUCCCUUGUCUGACUGUAUGAAGGGAAAUUAAGAGGCAGAAACCAUGUUUUUAAAUAAAGCCAUAUGCUGUAGAGCUGUCAGGG